UAGCGUGUGUAUCGUGCAAUGUGGCGAUGUUUGUGUCAUGUGGACUCUGAAAUGGUUUUAUAAAUUUUACGUUGAACGUUACUGAUAAUCGUGGUGUUCACGGUGUGCAAGAGCCAAACAUUGAAUUCUGUAGUAGCCGCCGUGUAUAAAGUUCAUGCAUUGUGCUUCAUUGAUGGAUUCAAUUGCAUUGCAAUGCGAAAAAAAUCAUACGACAAAAAUAAUAUCGAUCGUUCCAUUAAGAGAUACAUUUGCAUACCAAUUUAAAUAAUUAAUUUGCACAAUUUUACCGAAUCGCAAUCGGAUUGAACUUGAAAAAGUGGAAUAUUUAGCCAAAUAAAAAGAAAGCGAAAAUCAGUGUAUUAUUUGCAGUGAAAAUUCAAACUCAAAAACAAACACAAUUUAAUAUUGAUAGAACUACCCUUUAGCCAAUUAAUUAUUGAGCCGAAUUGAUUUAUGGCAUUAAUUGAAAUAGAUUUUGAAAUUUUUUUGUGAUCUCCAUCCAUUGUUGAAGUGAACAUUUUCCCAUCAGUAGAUUUUUUUUGAGAAAAAAGUGAAAAAAUCCAUCAACAAUCCACAAAAAUUCGAGAUUGCCAUCAAGGGAUUAUCAAUUUCAAAUGCAGACGACGUUGCGGCAAGGGGCGCAAUUGGGCUCUAUUUAAUGGACGUUCAUACGAUUUUUUAUGAUGUGCAAAGUGCAUAGAAAUCAGUUUGCAACACAACGGCCACAAUGGAUAUGACAAGGAUGCCAUCAAUAUUUCGUGAAAAAUAUGCCAUGAAAUUACACGUUCGGUAUUUGAGCCGGCGAAGGAGCCAACAUUACACCAUAUCGAUGCUAUUUCAACACAUUAUUGGACUUGUUUUUAUAGUGAUAAUUGUAAUGUCAGCCGAUGUUUAUGCGGCAGCCGCUUCAUCGUUUGAACCAGACUUUGUAUUCCCGCUGGAAAAUGUAACAGUCGCACAAGGCCGUGACGCCACAUUUACAUGUGUUGUCAACAAUUUAGGCGGUUACCGGGUGAGUGGAGAUGGUGCGCAAGCUAGGGUGGCUUGGAUAAAGGCUGAUGCAAAAGCAAUUUUGGCAAUACACGAGCACGUCAUCACGAACAGCGAUCGCUUGUCUGUCACUCACAAUGAUUUCAACACAUGGACACUGGUGAUUCGAAAUGUUCGAAUGGAAGAUCGCGGCCAAUAUAUGUGUCAGGUGAACACUGACCCAAUGAAAAUGCAGACUGCAUUUUUGGAGGUUGUUAUUCCGCCAGAUAUUGUUUAUGAAGAAACCUCGGGCGAUAUGAUGGUUCCGGAGGGCAGUUCCGCCAAAUUAGUGUGCAAAGCACGGGGGUUUCCAAAGCCAAAAAUCACAUGGCGUCGCGAAGAUGGACGAGAGAUCAUUGCCCGAAAUGGUCCGCAUGGCAAAAGCAAAGCGCUGUCAGUCGAAGGUGAAAUGCUUUGGCUCACCAAAAUCACCCGAUCAGAAAUGGGAAUCUAUCUGUGUAUCGCUUCUAAUCAGGUUCCUCCUUCGGUUAGCAAACGGAUGAAAUUGCAAAUACAUUUUCAUCCGUUGAUACAAGUUCCAAAUAUGCUGGUUGGGGCGCCGCUUGGGGUGGAUAUCACAUUGGUUUGUAACGUUGAAGCCUCACCAAAAGCUAUAAAUUAUUGGCAAAAAGAAAACGGCGAAAUGAUAAUACCAAAUGACCGUUAUGUGAUGCACGAAACGGAGAGCUCCAUGUACGCCAUACAGAUGACACUUACCAUAAAACACUUACAGAAGCCCGAUUUCGGUGGCUACCGUUGCAUAUCAAAAAACAGUAUAGGAGGCAUCGAAGCCACAAUCAGAUUGUAUGAAAUGGAAUUGACAAAGAAAACCAAGCAUCAAAGACUCAAUAUAGACGACGAUGGAAAUAAUUUACCCAAUGAUGAUUCGAAUGAGGAUGGUAUUAUAAAUAAAAAUGGGCGACUGUAUAAAGUGCAGCACGGCGAAAAUGAUGAUGACGAUAUCAACGAUGUGAACAGCAGUGCAUCCACUUUAAACAUUCAUCAACGGCAAGAGCAUCGGACAAUGAUGGCAAAAAGCACACCAAACUCAAUAUUACUUUCAAGUAUCAUUUUGUUAUUUGCACUCGACUUUUUGUUGUUACCUGUUUUAAGUAUCUACAAACAGCGAAUGAUACGACGACUAUUCCGCCGAUUCUCACUGUUAUAGUUACCUCAUUCGGCACACAAUCAAACCAUUUAGCUCAUCUCUUUUUUUGUUGGUUUUCGAAGCAAUUUUUGUUUUGUUUGUUCAACUUUCGCAUAUUCUCUCAUUUGAUGGAACAUUUUCGAUUUUUCACUACGGAUAUCGCAUUGUUUGUGUUUUGCAAAAAAAAAAUGGAAUAUGUAUAGCAAAUUCAUAUCGAUAAAGUGUGUAUCAUAAAAUCCUAAAUAUUGAAUUUCCAUUAGAUUGCAUUGAAAAUCGGAAUGGCUAUAAAAUUAAAUUAUUCCACAACAGAGAGAAAUUGAAUCGAGGUCAAAUGCUCGAAUUGCCAAAGUACAGAUUUAUGGAUCAAUUCGGCAAUGGAACGUGAAUUUUUUUAUUCUGUUGCUAUGCUGCAACUUCUCUCGUUCUCUCUCUCAAAUAGGCCAAGUGAGAUGAUUUGAUUACGUUAAUUUCUCAUUCAGGACAUAUCAAUGUUAUAACGAUUUGAAAUCAAUCAUUCGAACAUUAUGUUUUACUUUAAACAAAAUCGCUCAUUUCAAUCGAACAAUUGAUUGGUUUGAGACGAACGAAGAAAAAAGAACAUUUGCAAAAUCAUUUUAUUAAAAAGACAAAAAAGUGCCAAAUCGUAAACAAACCAGUUGUACGACAUUUUCCAUAAAUCGUUUAAAAACCUAUCCAGCUAAUUUUCGACUGAUGCGUUGCUGCUCAAAAACGAAAAUCUUGUUACAUACACGCUCCUCUUGCCAUCACCGGAACGAUAGUAUUUCAUCGGAUGCCGCGUUUAUAAUACACGCAGGUUGUACCGAGGAAAAUAUCAAAUUGAGUAGUUAAUUGGGGGCUCAAUAUUUCAUAGAUUAAUCGUAAUUACGUUAUUUCUAUAUAAGUGGAAAACAAAUGGAAAUGGAAUAGAAUAAAUCAGUUAUGCAAUAUAAAAUAUUGUAUUAAUUCCAGACACAGACAAAAAAUAACGGGCGCGAUCAAAUCGUGUCCACCGUUUAUAAUAUAUUGAAACACUGUAUGGCAUUAUUAUAUAGAACAAUUAAAUGAAGUGUAAGAAUUAAAUAAAAAAGAAAUAAAUAAGAGAAGAUGUGUCUAAGAAAAAUAUGAUAGAAACUAAUCGUUGUGCUGGAUACGCAAGAGCUAUAGGAGAAGAUGAAAUAUUCAUAUCGAAUGGAGUGGUUCGAUUGACAAAGGAACCAACGGCUCUUGGGAAUAUCUCAGUAUUUUAUGGUUUACUGCGUCUCUUUCAUCUAGAAAUUCUGAGUGCUUUGAACCAUUUCUAAUUCCGUAAUUUACUGACUAUUCCUCGUGGUCAUCGAUAUGAAAAUUAGAACGAAAAAAAAUGUCACAAUCGGAUCACUCUAGUAAUGAUAUAAACAACGUAUCAUGUAAUAAUAAUUCGAUAAAAUUAUACGACAUAAAAUUACAUGAAUCAAAAUUAUGAAAAUUCACAAACACACUCAGUUGAGUUGGACUUUGCUGAACUGCAUAAUAUCAAUGUGCAUUUUCGAAAGAACGCAUCAAUAAAUCUGUACCAAAAAAAUGGGAAUAAAGUACCAACCUUAAC